AAGUGGUUCACUUAUAAACACGCCACAUACGUGCUGUAAAUGUGUAAAUGUUUUACUUUCAUUGGAAUCAAGGCGCAUAGCUUUGUUGUUAUGUACACAUAUGAUACACAACCUGCAAAAUGAAUGAAUGUUGUUUAAUUUUCACAUUUUACAGAAAGAUUCUAAAGAGAGAUUUUAAAAGGUCGGCAUUCCCUUGUUGAAUUUAUAUAUUUAUUUUAACUGCAAUAAAUUAAUCAACAUUCUGUAAACCGUAAUAAUGUUUUGAUAGGUUUUUGCUGUAUGUAGCUCAGUGGUAAGAGCAUUGUGUUAACAACGCAAGGUUUGUAACGAACGAAACUGUAUUAACAUGCAUCACAUUAUUGUGCGGUGUGCCCCUUUAAGAGACUGAUCACGUCAUUUCUGAUGCGUGCUAUGCGUGAUAACGUUGUUGAGGUGAGCGUGAGUGAGAUCCACCGUAGAUGCUAAGCGUGCUCUACCCUUUUUCUAUAUUAUUGUUUUGUUAGUUUUAUUUUGUGAUGCUGAGAAGGAGUAAUCUCUCAUGUUUGAGAGGAUUGCGUUGCUUGUGUUACCUGCCAUUAAAUGUGCGUGAUACAGCCUUUACGCCUCUAACCUCUUUCUUCCAUUGACUUUGUGAGAGCUAUCCUGGUCAAAGCGUUACAGGUUGUGGGUUCGAUCCCAGGGGAUUGCAAAUACUUAUGUAAAAUGUAUAGGAUAAAGCAAUCAACAUCAGAGAUGGGAAGUGAUUCCAAUGAGGUUGUUGUUCAAUCCUCAGACACCGGGGCCUGGUUUCACAGUUACCUGCAUGGAGGAACCUCCAGCCUGAUUUCCACACUGACCACCAUCAUCACCUUCCCUCUGUACAAGACCGUGUUUCGCCAGCAGCUGCACAGCACAUUAGUACGUGAAACGCUGGCCCAGUUAUUCAAGGAGGGUCCGCUGAAACUGUACCGUGGUGUUGCACCACCGCUGCUGAUGAAAGGUCUUAACGGAACUGUACUGUUUGGCCUUCAGGACACGUUCUUACAGAAGCUGUCCCUCUGGGCCGAGACGCCUCUUCCCGCAAAUGUCCUUCCUGCUGUGGCGGGUUUAGGUGCAGGUGUGGUGGAAGCCAUGCUCUUUACUCCAUUCGAGCGUGUGCAAAACGUCCUGCAGAACAACAAGAACGACCGCAGCCUUCCUACUGUAAGAAGCGUGUUGCUCAAGCUAAGUUCAAGACCCAUGGCAUCAGGGUAUUACACGGCAUUUCUUCCUAUACUUGUCCGUAAUGCCUUAGGGAGCAGCUUUUAUUUUGGCCUGAAGGACCCGAUGUCUACAACCCUGGGCGUUUAUGGCUUUUCCCCUUUAGCCUCAUCCUUCAUGUCAGGGAUCUUAAAUUCAAUGAUGAUUAGUUUACCGCUGUACCCUCUCUCUGUGCUGGUGGCCAACAUGCAGGCUCAAGUAGACGGAGGAAACAGAGGGGCAAGAAGCAGUUGGCAGCAGCUUUGGGCAGCCCGUCAGCGUAGCCUGCUUCUUCUGUAUCGCGGAGGUUGUUUGGUCAUCUGUCGCUCUUGCAUUACCUGGGGCAUCACUACUGCAAUAUAUGAUCAACUGAAGAAACGCUCAGAAUGAUAUUCAAUAACAGGGACAUGCCUUCUCUUCAUAUAGCCAUAAUCUCAGGUUAACAGUCAGUGUUCUUGCACGAAACCCGAAAGAUUUAAAGGGUGAAUGUUUUAAUAAAGGCUUUCUAUUCUAUUCUUAAUGAAGAUGAA